AUGGACAACGAGAUCCCCCUUCCACCGCCACGGCGCAUGCGGCACCGAUCACCGCGCAAAACUGUAUCCGGCGAUCUCCCCACCUCGCUUGCGUCGUCAUUUCGCAAAGCACGCCGACUAUCGCGCUUCGAUGAUCGCUCCAGUCAGCCGUCUAGUGACCCGGCUUUGUUCUCAAGUGAUGACAUCCCUGCGUCCGGACUGGAGAACUAUAAUGCGCCGAUGACGGGGGCUGGGCGGAAGAGACGGUAUCGCGGGACGUGGUGGGGGGAGCAAGUGGCUGAUCCGAAGAGAAAGAGAGCGGAUUUUAAGGAGAAGCGCCAUGUGGAUAGUGGUGUUUGGAUGGGGAGUGAUGAGUCGGGUGCUGACUCUCUUCUUCCUUCUGAGGAUGGUCCUUGGGGGGAGGAUCUCUUGAAGACGGUGCUUGAUCCGAAGACUUCAAAGUCUACUCAGGGUCCCUCAUUGCUGCUUCCUACUGGGAAGGCCGCGCCGCCGAUCUUUCCUUUGCCUAUACUGAAGGGACCGGAGGAGUCACAGGAACACCAGUUUGCGAGGUCUGUGGUUAAUGAUUGCUUGGAAAAGGGAAAUGAUACCGUUGAUCUUGGGAACUUUAAUUUGAGACAUAUUCCAACGGGUCUCCUUCGACCUUUACAGCAUCUGACCAAGCUUCCCUCUGUGGAAGCGGCACCUUUGUCUGAGAAUGUUUACUCUUCGCUGCAGCCUUUUCUCAGCAUCUACCUUCCGGGAAAUUCCCUGACCAAACUCCAUAAUGAGUUAUUCGAACUGAGUGGCCUGAAAGUCCUCAGUGUGCGGAAUAACGAACUUCAUGAACUCCCCUACACAGUCCAGAAAUUGGCGGCAUUGGAGGUUCUGAACGUGGCCGUGAACAGACUCACUUAUCUACCAUGGGAGCUCCUACAUCUCCUCAAACACGGCGAACUGAAACAUUUCACCGCAUAUCCGAAUCCGUUCCCGUCAAUUGAAGAAGCCACCAUUGUCAAAUGGCACCGCGAGCCCGAAAAGAAGCCCAUGAAUCAAACUUACGAUGAAUACGAAUCCGAAAAAGAUGAACCUGAACAUACUAUUGAAACCCCUCGAUUCGAUACUUACGAGAGCUCCCCUCCAGCCGAUGCCUGGACUACCAUCCACGUAGCCACAGGGCCAAUAACACGACUGGACAUGGAAGGCCGUCCAAUUGAAGAAACUGCCUUAAGCAUGAUACCAUUAUCAACCCAAAUCCCCACCGCCCCCUCUUUGCGUGAAGUCGCCCUCCGAGCCAUAUGCAAACUCCCAGAUCUCGAGCACGUCACCGACGAAGAGCUAGAAGAUUUCCCUGCCCUGGUCAUCCCAUUGAUGCAGCAGGUGAAGAAGAUCCGCGCAGCAGGUGGGCAACAAUGCUCUGUAUGCCAGAAAGAGUAUAUCAUCCCUCGGAUGGAAUGGCUCGAGUGGUGGGACUGUACACCUCAUGAAAAUGGCAUGAAGCGAGCGCGAGCUUCGGAAGAGAAGCUUCGUCCUUUGCCGUUCAAGCGGUUUGGUUGUAGCUGGGGUUGUGUUCCGUGA